AUGGCUACUCGAGUUUAUAUUGGUCGUUUGUCAUAUCGUGCUUCUGAGCGCGAUAUUGAGCACUUCUUCCGUGGAUAUGGACGUAUUCGCGACAUUGUGCUGAAGAAUGGGUUUGGUUUCGUGGAAUUUGAUGAGCCACGAGAUGCUGAUGAUGCAGUCUACGAUCUGAAUGGAAAGGAAUUGGCUGGCGAACGUGUUACGUUGGAAUUUUCGAAGCGUGGUCCUAGGUCUGCUGGACCUGGACGUGGUGGUUAUGAUCGCUAUCCGCCUCCAAGGAGAGAUGCCAGUUCUAGAUAUGGUCCUCCUACGCAGACUCGUCACCGUAUGAUCGUCGAAAAUCUGUCGACGCGUAUCUCCUGGCAGGAUUUGAAAGAUCUCAUGCGUAAAGCUGGCGCUGAAGUCACGUUCGCUGAUGCACACAAGACUGAAAGAAAUGAGGGAAUUGUAUGUUUUGCUACUCGUGAGGAUCUGGAACGUGCACUGGACAAGCUCCAAGGUGAAGAAGUAAAUGGCCGCAAACUUAAGUUGAUUGAUGAUUCUGAAAAAAGUAGUCGUAGCCGCUCUCGUGAGAGAAAGCACUCAAGAAGCCGCUCUGGAUCGAGAUCGAGAAGCCGAUCGCGUUCAAGGAGCCGCAGCAGAUCGCGUACUCCUUCUCGUUCGCGCAGUGCUUCUCCACAGAAGAACGGUAAUGAGGGAGGCGGCAGCAAGUCGAAAUCGAAGUCGAGGUCAAGAAGCCAUUCUCGUGAUGGAUCCGCGUCCCCUGCAGCUAACGGUGAUGCGGAUAUGCGAUCCAGGUCUCAUAGCCCCACUCCCCCUAAUGAUGACUAA